UCUAAUGGAUCAAGAAGACCAACACAAUCGAUGGCUGAUGGAAACCAUACAAGAAUCACAGAAUUUAUUUUCAUAGGCUUGAAGUAUCAUCCUCGGAUGCAAAUCUUCCUUUUCUUGCUCUUUCUACUUUUUUACUUUGUUACCAUGACAGGAAACUUGGGUAUGAUUAUUCUCAUCCAGAUGGAUUCCCGCCUUCACACACCCAUGUACUUUUUUCUCAGUCACCUGUCUUUCGUGGACAUCUGCUUUUCUUCAGUUGUGGGUCCCAAGAUGCUCACCGACUUCUUCGCUGAAAAGAAGGCCAUCUCCUUCCUGGGCUGUGCUUUGCAGCAAUGGUUCUUUGGAUUCUUUGUGGCCAUUGAGUGUCUUCUGCUGGCAUCCAUGGCCUAUGAUCGCUAUGUUGCCAUCUGUAACCCAUUAUUAUAUUCUGUUGCCAUGUCACAGAGACUCUGCAUACAGCUGGUGGUUGGACCCUACACUGUUGGGUUUUUGAGCACCAUGACUCACACGACAGCUGCUUUCCGACUUCCCUUUUGUGGCUCCAACAUUAUCAAUCAUUUCUUCUGUGACAUGUCCCCGCUUCUUUCUUUGGUAUGUGCUGACACCCGGAUCAAUAAAUUGUUAGUUUUCAUUGUGGCUGGAGCCGUACUGGUUGUCAGUAGCCUGACCAUUAUAAUCUCCUAUUUUUACAUCCUUACUGCCAUCCUGAGGAUCCGUUCUGCUGAUGGGAGGCGCAAAGCCUUUUCCACCUGUUCCUCCCAUCUCACCGCGGUGUCCAUCUUAUACGGGACACUCUUCUUUAUCUACGUGAGGCCAGGUGCAAUUUUUUCCCUGGAUGUCAAUAAAGUGGUCUCAGUGUUCUACACAGCGGUGAUCCCCAUGUUGAAUCCUCUCAUCUACAGCUUGAGAAAUAAAGAAGUGAAAGCUGCCAUGCACAGAAUGAUCGUCAGGAGGAAGUUUUGCAUCAGAAGUUAA